ACGGGACGAGGAGAGACUCCGAGGAGGAGAGAGAUCCUGGCGUGAGGAGAGAUCCCUGGGCGAAGACAGAGUCUUCCACGAGAAAGGUCGGGGUGAGGAGAGAUCUCGGGGCCAGGUGACAUCCCCGGGUGAAGAUAAAUUCCCGGGCAAGGAGAGGACCUGGAUGAAGGAGAGAUCUCAAGGGGAGGAGAGAUCCCCAAGGGAGGGGAGAUCCUGGGGUGAGCUGAGACCACCGGGCAGAGGCAAAAUCUCGGACCAGAAGGGGCGGGGUGCGGAGGGGCAGACCCUUGGCGAGGAAAGGUCCUGGGGAGAGGAGAAGCGCUUUGGAGAACAGAGAUCCCAACAGGAGGAGAGAGCCAGAAAGGAAGAGAGAAACAGGACGAAAGAAAGGGACCCUUACCAGAGGUCAGGAGGCGCGGAUAGGGUCCCUAAGGAAAAGCGGCAGGGCCCGGAGCUAGCUGGGGAGCUGCUCCCCCCGAAGCCAGGGAGUCUUCGGGCAGAUGGAGACCUGGGGCAGGGAAAAGGAUGGGGCAUGGGGAGGAAGCCCAGGGAGGAGCAGCCCCCAGGCCCCCGACCCAGGAGGAGAAAAGGAAAGGGGCGAGGCGUGGAGAAAGCGCCCGGCCGGGCCCCAAGGAGCGUGAACUGGAGCAGGAUGCAGAGCAGCGACCUGCUCCAGGCCGGGACCCGAGCGAGGAGAAAGAGACCCGGGCAGCGGCAAGAGAAGUGGGGGCGUGAAGCAAGGAGUGAACGGGGAGCCAGGUGCCGGAACAAGGAUGUGAUCGCAGGUUGUAGCUGCAUGGUGCACUUCCCAGCCAUGUUCCCUAUCAGUUUUGUGUGGCCAAGAGUACAAGUCCUGUGGGUGUUUUUGGCACUGCUGGAGAUACUACUGGUGUCGUCAAAGGUGCGGAAAACUGGUGAUUUCCAAGACUGCACCUGGCAGGUUGUUCUGAACAAGUUUGAUAGGGUAGGUGAUGCCCACGUGAGUGACCGAUUCUACGAUCAAGAACCCGUGGAUACAGUGGGCAGUGUAUUCAGCAUGCUAGUGGACUCUCCCAUCGAUCAUCAGGAGAAAUACCUGGGCUUCCCUUACUACCUCAAAAUCAGCUACUCCUGUGAGGGACAGCCCUCUGAGGACCUGGUCCGCAGCGGCCACCUGAUGGGGCUGAAGCCCCUGGUGCUGGUCACCUUCCAGUCCUCCGUGAACUUCUACCGCUGGAAGAUAGAGCAGCUGCAGAUCAGGAUGGAGGCCGCCCCUUUCCGCUACCCAGGGACCUGCCUGGCGGAGGAGGUGUGCGCCAUGAGCUGGUUUAUGCCCAUGCCCAUCCAGAAUGGCAGCGUGGUCGUGAAGGUGGAGGUCACCAGCAAUGGCCUGGGGCCCUUCAUUCCCAAUAAAAGGUUCCACGUGAAUAUCAAUGGCUUCCUCAAGAAGAAGCAAGGCAGGAUUGAGUUCACGGUGGGAUCGGAGCUCUUUGACCUGGCGCCCCAGUACUUCAUAAAUGUCUCCUCGAGGCCUCUAUGGUACACUCUGGACCAGUCACCUGUGCUCAUCCUGGGUGGCAUUCCCAAUGAGAAGGCCAUCCUGCUGAGUGACACUAACUUUGAGACCUUUUCUCUUGUGGAGCUGAGCAUUGACAGUUGCUGGGUAGGCUCCUUCUACUGCCCCCAGGCUGACUUCUCGGCCACCAUCUAUGAUGCCGUCUCCACAGAGAGCACCCUCUUCAUUCGGCAGAACCAGCUUGUCUACUAUUUCACAGGAACCUACGCUACGCUCUUCAACCGCAGCCACAGCAGUGGCAGCUGGGUUCGGGUCCUGGCCACUGAGUGCAUCAAAAGGCUGUGUCCGGUGCUUUUUCACAGCAAUGGCUCUGAGUACAUCAUGGCCCUCACCACUGGCAAGCAUGAGGGCUAUAUGCACUUCGGGACCAUCACCGAGGGCCGUGUGUCCUUCGAGAUGCUGCCCAAGGGCAGGUCCGUGUGUGAGCAGAUCUCUGUUGGCAACUGCUCCAUUAUGUGGGCCGAGUUCCUCUCGGACGAGUACACCAUCCUACUGCUGGUGGAGAUCCAGGACCUUAAAGCCAAGUCUUUCUGCGUGGUCCGCUACAGGCUGAUCAGUGAUGACAUGGAAGUCCUCUACAUCAUCCCCAAUUUCAUCCCUGAUGCUCGGGGCUUGGAGUUCCUGAUGAUGGUAGGCACGGAGAAGUACACCAACUCCCCCAUGGUGCCCAAGGGCAUGUUCUUCAACACCUACAACAACGUGCUGAUCAUCUGGGGCAACUUCCUCCUGCAGAGCUACAAUGAAGAAAACUACACCUACCUGGCGGGUUUCCCCAAAGAGUUAAGCAUCAAAUACCUGGUCAAUUCAUUUGGUGGGGACAUUGCUAUUAUCACGGAGACUGAAGAGAUAUGGUACCUCCUGGAGGGCAGUUACCACGUGUACCGACUGUUCCCGUCCCGAGGCUGGAGCAUCCACUCCAGUCUGCAGAUGUUGCAACAGUCCUCUCUCUAUGCCCCCAAUGAGACCUCGGUCACCUUCUUCUACGAAGACAGGGAGCUGUACCAGCUGGUGUACCUCCUCGAGGGCCACGGGCAGGGUCACCUGGUCAAGAGGCCUGUGCCUGUGGAGAAGCUGCUGCUGUAUGAGCAGCAGAGCCACUACCAGUUGCAUCAGCAGGGGAGCCAUAUGGUGCUGACCUUCACCAACCAGUGCCCCUUCACCAUGCUGAGCCUGCUGAACCUGCCCAACCCUCAGGCCUACACGCGUGAGGAAUGCUACCGGGCUCGGCCACCCCAUAUCCUGGAGAGCUCGGGCUUCCACAGCAAGAAGUCGCUUGCUGUCUACCAGGGCCUCCUCUACUACCUGCUCUGGCUGCACUCUAAGUACAACAAGCCAUAUGCAGACCCAGUACAUGAUCCUACUUGGCGCUGGUGGAAAAAUAAGAAGCAGGACCAGGAUUACUACUUAUAUCUAAAAAGAAACUGGCUGAGCGCAGGCGGCAUACACAUUGACAUGGCCAGCUAUGAAAAAGUCUAUGACCUCAAGUCCCAGUACCAGCUGCCCCAGUACAUUUUCUUGGACAAGGGCAACUCCUACCAGUUCUCCUUAAAGAUGCGCUCCAAAGAAGGCUCCGCCUUCCAGGCACAGCGCAAGCUGGCAGUGGGCUUUUUGCUAGCUGAUCCCCACUGCCUUGAGGCCUUUGCGAAGCAGGAGGCUGCUGUUAUUCGAAACUCGGUGCAGUUCUUGAUUACGCUGAGGGAUAAAAAGGUUUGCUAUGACCAGGGCAUUAGUGGACAUCAUCUCAUGAAGACUUCCGUGAUGGUCAAGGUGCGAGGGUCUUCUGGGCACUGCUUCCAGAGCACGCACUUUGGGCUCCGCAUGCAAGGCAACCUGAUGUUGCCAGUGUUUAUUGGCUGCCCCCCAGGCAAGCGCCUGGCUUUUGACAUCACCUACACGCUGGAACACAGCCGCCUACUCAACAAACAGUACUUCGACUGCGUGCACCCGGACCCCGAGAUGCCCUGCUUUCUCUUCCGUGACCAGUUCCACCCUUUCUUCUUGGUUCAAGAUUUGGUGACGGGAGACUCAGGCAGUUUCAUGGGCAGAUACAUGCUGAAGGUGGUGGGUGGCGGGCCCACCCUGGACAGCAUUCGGGACUACAGCGAGGAGGAAAUCUACCGCUUCAACAGCCCGCUGGACACGACUAAUAGCCGCAUCUGGACUACAGAGACCAUAGAGACCACGGAGGACGGGGCAUUCCAUAUCAUGUCCUCUCAGAGCUUCGGCAUCCAGUGGCUGUGUCUGGAGAACUCCCCAUGCUAUGACACGACCCCCCAAAGCAUCUUCUCACCUGAAUUCUACUUCAAGGUAUUGGUGAGCAAUAGAGGUGUGGACAGCAGCACAUACUGUGACUACCAGCUCAACUUCCUGCUGCACAUCCACGGGUUGCCGCUCAGUUUCAGGCGGGCCCUCUCCAUCGCCCUUGUGUCCGCCAGCGUGUUUGUUGGCCUGGUGAUCCUCUACAUCACCUUCUGCCUCUUGUGGCCGCUUAUGGUGAAGGCCUGGAAUAAUUUCCUCUGGAAGAUGAACACCGUCAUCACCUCAGGGUCCUUAUACUACUCCACAUCCAGCAGCAGCUCCUCACAGAUGAGCAGCAAUGCCAGCUUGAAGGGCACCUCCAAAGUCACUUUGAAGGAGGACAAGGGGGACAAGGCUGACGCUGAGGAAGCUGUAGCAAAGGAGCUCCCGAGCUGAGCCUCUCCCUCACCUCAAGCCCUCGCCCACCCUUGGCUUCUCAUAAUAGCCCACCGCGAAAGUGCAGCCUGGCCCCUACCAUGGCCUUUCUUUGUUUUACUUGAAU